GUGGGUAAGAAACGUUCUUCUUUGACGACACUCUGGAGAUGGCCCGCUGUCGCUGCUCAAUGCUUUCUUUCGCUUUUCUUCUUUUUUCGUUUGGAGGCUGGUUCUACGCCUUAACAGUUGCAAGCCAUGAUAGUUGUCGGCGUCUUAAAUUCUUGCAACCAAAGGAUGGAUAUGCAUUGGUGGGCCAUGUCUUUAAAAGUAUUUCAUUACUUGUUGGAAGGCAUAUGUAUAGUCGUUGCAGAAAUGGGUGUACUAUGGAGGACAGAUGUAAAUCGAUCAACAUGGGACCCUCAGGAGAAAAAGAUAAAUUUCUAUGUCAGUUGAGUGAAUCGGACCACUUACAACACCCAAAUGAUCUGAAAGCGAUUGCAAGCUUUAUGUAUAGGGGCACGGAGAACAAGGGUUGCUUCAGCAUGUGCUACAACAAUGCAACUUGCUUGGUUGGAUUUACAGACAAGGGAUACAAGUGCAUGUGUCCACCUGGCUACAAGGGAGAAUACUGUGAAAAAGGCAAUAGUUAUUUUGCACGUGCGCUUCAUGUUGGCUAG